AAUGUUCCAGAAUCGCCUGAUACUACUUCUACCGUUGUAUCUGCGGUUUCUUCUCCCCAUAAUUAUGAUUUACUAUCAAGAUCCACUUCUAGAAAAUCUUCCACGACAAAUCUUCAACUUCCUAAAAAAAGGCCAUUAGAACCAACUUGGUCCGAAGAAGAAUAA